AAUCUGUAAAUUCAUGUGCUUGUAAUUUGGGAUAACCUUUGGGAGGGCACCGGAAGGACGUCGUCGCUGUAGGCAACAGUGACGUCACUCAAACAGGCGGGAGAUGCGAGAAACCAGGAAGUUAGUCGCUUCUUCUUUAUUUGUCAACAUCAGGGGUUCUUUUCCAAAAUCUGAACAGAGUGAGAAAUCGAUUUUUACAGCAAUGGAUGCAAUUGCUGUGGCACAAACAAACGAGUGGAAGAACACCAAAGAAGCGAUCGCCAACUUUCGACAUCUGCUACUUUGUUCAAAAUGUUCCCAGUUGCUGAAGGAUCCUGUUUGUCUUGGGACAUGUGAGCAUAUGCUGUGCAGGUCGUGUGCAGGCCCAAAGGCAGGUGAUGGCUGUGUGGUUUGUCACAGCCCUUCCUGGGUGAAAGACAUCAAAACCAACAGACAGCUCAAUAGUAUCAUACCGCUCUUCUGUGACUUGGAGGCCAUGUUGUACCCUGAUGGACAAGCAGACUCCUCGGAGAUAAUGCGUCAACAAAAUGAGGGCACCGUCUUAAAAUGCAAGAAGAAUUUCAAGAUCUGGCUCAGCCCUCGCAGCCGCAAAAUGCGUUGCGUGGUGAAAAGAAAUCCAGAAGUCACCACACCUGAAAGCAAGUCUGAAGCUCAGCCCGGAGCUUCCGCGGCAGCAGUCGGUGACAUGACCAUUUUCAACUUCACCUCGUCCUCUCAAGACUCUGGCUCCUCUUCGCCAGCAAAGUCCAGUAAUAAAAAACAGAACAGGAAGACGGGGACAAAUGCGAAAAAGAUUGGCGGCAGAAAGAAAACGACACAAAGAGCCUCAAAGAAACAAAGUAGACAGAUGGUGAGGAAGAAUCUUGAUAGUAUAAACGAGCAAUGGAGGAUUAUAAAGGAGCAAUCAGAGCAUUUUGACGUGGAAGGUGAAAGUACGUCUCAUAAAAAAGUUUCCUUCAUCAGCCCUGAUGGCGCAACUUGCAUCAAUGAUCUCCGACCUGUGUCUAGCACGCGCACCUUGAGAGACGGACUCACAGAAGGUCGUGUCGAUCCACCCAAGAGCUCAACGCUGAACAAAUCCGACACCGUUUACGACACAGUGCCCGCCUCCAUCCUCAAAACGAUCCCUAAAAAACAAACCGACCUUUCGUCUCCACGGCGUUCCUCAAAACGCCAAAGACCGGAGGGAGAGGUCGUUGCCCUGGAGACCACACCGAAAAGGCCAACAGCCUCAACGACCAGCUGUCAAAAAUCAUUGGGUCACUCGUCUCCCGCUGUCGCUAAUUCUCCGUCUUUGCCUAAGCGGAGGUGUAAAAAGCUCCCCCGAGAAGGUGGAGGGGAGAGUCCCACUCUUCCACUUACGCAAAGUAGAAAAUCUCCUUCUUCUCGUGCUUCUCGUGCUAACCCAGGGAGCCCAACGGUCGUGAAGAAGAACCACAAAGGAGAGACCCUGCUGCAUUUAGCCGCGAUAAAGGGGGAUGUCGAGGGUGUCAAGGAACUACUGGACCAGGGAGCUGACCCCAACCUGAAGGAUAAUGCAGGAUGGACACCUCUGCACGAGGCAUGUAACCUGGGCCAUCUGGCAGUUGUGGAGACGCUGUUAUCAAGGGGGUCCCUGCUCAACACUCCCGGCUACAAAAACGACUCUCCGCUUCACGAUGCCGUGCGAAACGGGCACAUAGCCGUUGUCAAAUUGCUGCUGCAGUUUGGAGCCUCGCGGAAUGUGCUAAAUCUUGAUGGCAAGCGGCCUGCAGACUACGCUGCAAAUCGGGAAAUGCUGGAAGUCUUCCAGGAAGUGUCUGAGGAAACCCAAAAUGCCAGCACAUCUACUAACAGCCCGGCUGCUCGCUCUGUCGCGGUUAAUUGCGCUAAGCAAGAAGAAAUGGUUUUGUUUGUGUCGAGCAAGCUGUCGCAAACAGACCAGCAUCAGAUUGCAAAACUGAGCCGGCUUUUGGAUGGGAGAAUAACGGACUCCGUUACUUCUUCAGUGAGUCAUCUUGUGGUGCCAGAGGGACCCAUGCCGAGCACUUACUCCACUCUCCUCGGACUUCUUGCAGGCUGCUGGAUUGUCAAAUACAGCUGGGUGGAGGCAUGUCUGCAGGCAGGCAAGCGGAUGCCAGAAAACGAGCACGAAGCGGGCGAAGGCCCCCAACGCAGUCGCAUCAACCGAUGCAGCUUGCUCCCACCGCUGUUCGAUGGCUGUUUCUUCUUUCUCUUGGGUUCCUUUAAAUCGCACAAAAAAGACGAGCUAGCCAAGCUACUCCGUGACGGAGGAGGUCAACUCCUGAGUCGGCGGCCCAAGCCCGACAGUGAUGUGACUCAAACCCUCAGUGCUGCUGCCUACCACGCUUUGCCGGGAUCGGACCAAGCCCUCGGCACCCAGUACAUCAUCUUUGACCGGCAGGGUCCUCACAAACCCUCACUGAUUCGGAAGGGCAAAGUGUGGUCUGCUCCUUCUACCUGGGUCAUUGACUGUAUCACAUCUUUCCGAAUUCUCCCUGUACCAAACUUUGAAUUAGCGUGAGUAUUCUUAACGUCAGCUUUUGUAAUUGCUCCUUAUCAUGUUAAUCAUUCAACAGUCUCAAUCUGAUCAUUUCCCCGCUUGAAGAUUUACAAUAACAAAGAUAAUUUGAACAAAUUUUCCCCUCCUGAAAUUUCAGAAGCGUCUAUCAAACUUUGUACCAUGAGAAAAUGAUGCUUCAAAUUCGCUUCAUGAACCAGUUGUAUUUUUCGUACCUCCUCCAGGUGCCACUCUGUUUAACAUUUGGCAGAGUAAAAAAAAACAACUAAAAACUUGUGAGCAGCAAAGUGGUGUUGAAAAGCGUAAAAACCUGGAAAAAUAGUUUUGUAGAUUUGAUUUGAAGAAUUAUUGGGGGAUUUGGUUCAUGGAAAUUGUAGAUAAUCAUCUCAAUCUAUCUUUGCUCGAUGGACGUUAUAUUCUGUUGCAAAAGGUUGAAGCUUGGGGCUGCUAAAAAUUCACUUAUCACUUGGCUUCCUAAAAAAUCUUGACCUCUGGUUUAUUUUGUUGACCACACUCUACACAAAACGCUCCUCUUGCUGUGCUGCAAAUUAAACAGAAGAAGCAAGCAGCUCUGAACAAAUCCUUCUAAUUUCCAAGGAAAAGAUAAUGAAAAAUCUUUUUGAAAAUGCAAGUGCAAAGUCCCUGACAGAAUUGAUUGAAAGUGGUUUGUUACCCUAAAUUGGAUGUUAUAAAAAUGCAGAUAAACUGCUGCCGCACUGGCAUGAGGAGAAUAAAUAAGCAUUUUGUUAGGGUUGUGUGUAUUGUGAGUAUAAUAUGUGUAAAUUGUAUUCAAGAGCGACUGGCCCGCUAUUAGAAUGCACCUAACUGCUAUUGAUUACUUUUGCGGUGCUAAAAUUUCAUCCCUUGUCCGUUCUAAGCUGCACUAGGCCGUUAAAUGAUAAGGGGCAAGGAAGCGCUUCUAAUGAAACCACAUUUUAUGUCCUUGAACUAAAGAAAGCCACUUAUUUUUCCUCACAUUCUCUUUUCAAGCAAUCUAUUGAAAGAAACCUGGUGAUUGUGAUGAUGUGCUGAUCUAUUAAGCAUGUUGGGCCCCAGUUUUGCUUUAAAUCAUUUGGUUUGAUUUCACAUUUACAAACUUUUCCUGAAAAUCUUGAACAGAGCAAUAAAAAAAGACCAAAAAUCCCUUUUUGCAGAAUAACACUUCAUUUCAUGUCUAUUUAACAAAAUAGUUUGGCAUCAUGAUAAUACACUUUGCACACAGAUAUAGUAUAUUGGAAGUUAUUUACAUCGAAACAACAUGUGGAGCACCGAGGGUUGUUUUGUAAUUUGUGUUUUCAGUCUAAACUCAACUGUCCACAAAACAACCCGUAAUGCUCCCCAAAAAUGAAAACAACUGAUUGUAUGCUAACAGUGUUUGUCUUUCUGUUCCAGGCACAUUUUAUCGACAAAUUUCCCGACAAAAGUAAUACAAAUAAAACAAUCUUUGAUUA